AUGGCAACAAUAAAUAAUGAUAAUAAUAAUAAUUUAGAAAUAAUAAAAAAAUUAUUAUCACCAAAAGAAUUUAGAAAAUGUGAUAUUAUAUUCAACGGUGAUAAAAAAUUUAAAAAUGAAUGGAAUUGUUUUACAAAUCAGUCUAGUUGGAUCCAAUUUUUUAAUGAUAUUUUAUUACUUUGUAAUGAAAUUAGAAGUGCAGUAUUAAUAGAUUACAAUGUUCCAGAAUGGAAAGAAUUAUGUGAAUUUUUAAAUCACAUAAAAUCCAAUCCCAUAUUAAUUAAAAUCCUACCCCAAUUAUCAAAUAUAAAAUUAAUUUAUUUAGAUGAUUUUUUAUUCUUUUUAAUUAAUAAUAAAUCAUUAAUUGAUAGAUCAGAAAUUGAUAUAAAUAAUUCAUUUUCAAAUUAUUUAUUCAUUGAUGUCAGUUUACAUAAUUCCUCACCAAUAAUUUGUAAUGAUAAUUUAUCAUUACAUAAAAAUUUAUUAUUAAAUUUAAUUUCAAUUUUAAAAUUAAAUAAUAAUAAUGAUAAUUUAAAUUUUAAUUUUAAUUUAAAUGAAUUUUCAAAUGAAUUAAAUUUAAAAAAUAUUUAUUUUCCAAUUUUGUCAGGUUGGUUAUGUGAAUAUCCAAUAAUUUAUUGUAAUAGUGGUAAUUUCAAAAAUUGUGGUUUAAUUAAUUAUGAAAAUGUUAACCAACAAGAUUUAGAAAAUAAUAAUUUAUGUGGAAUUGAUUUAAUAAAAGUUGAAGUUCAAUUAAAUAAACCUUUUAAUAAUGAUAUAUUAAAAAUUCAAUCAAUUCAAAGAGUAUGUGCUUUCACUUUUCCAUUAAAUUUAAAUUUUCUGGAAAAUAAUAGUAAUAAUAAUAAUCAAAAAGAAAAUGAACCAUUACAAUUAAUAAAUUAUGAAAAAAGAAUAAAAGAAAGAUUUAAUAAUAAUGAUAAUAAUAAUUUAAAUUUCAAAGAAUUAUGGAAUGAUAUUUCAUUUUUAAAACAAACCAUCUCGAUGGCCACAAUAAGACUUUAG